GUUUUAUCGCUGAAAGGUCUAUGCAAGAAGUUUUAAUAGAAGAUUAAGAGGUAAGCUAUAUAAUAAAGUAAUGUUUAUUGAUUUACGCGUAUUAAUAUAAAAAGAAAUGAGCUAGCUUUCUUUUUUAACUUAGGCGGUGUUUCAAAUUGUAUUUUAUUUAUUUUAGAAAGCUCAAUAAUUGAAAUUAUACUAUGGAUGGAAAAUAAAUUGAUUCCUGGAGUGAUCUGAGUUCAGAUGAAGAAUGGUUGUGUGCACAAUCACAAGAAGCAGGGCUGAUGUCAAAACAUAUUAAACGGCGUAAAAAAAAGUUGCAAAGAAUAUAAAAAAAGAAUUAAACUAGGUGAGUAGCGUAGGUUUGUUUUGAGGACCGCAUUUUUUUGUUAUUUAUAUUUUUAAUGCAAUAAUUCCUAUUAUUCUUUUUAGAAUUGAAUCAAAAAGAUAACACUAGUUCUUCUGAUAUCAAAGCAUGCAAUUUUCCUAAUAAAUACGAAAUUAUUGCAACACCAAUAAACGAACCAAACUUCGGGGACUCCAUGAAAGGCAUUAUAAGUAGCCAGAACAAUACUGUAAAAACAAUAUUUGAUCAAAACAUAGACUUGGAUAUCGAAAACAUUGACACUAACAAUCUACAAGUUAUAGAGAUAGUUGGUAAUGAUCUGCAACAGGAACCACCCGAAUUCGCUACGGUGGCCAUCGAGUAUCCUCAGCCUUCUUUAUUGAAUGCGCAAGACCCAAAAUCCAGUGCCUCUACUACUCCAUCGUGUUCCUCAAAAUUGGUCAUACUGAGUAAUGUUCCAUAUCACGGUGAUUUGUUAAGUCAUAAAAAACGACAGAACAAGGCGGCAAAAAAUCCCAAGAAAUAUCAACGCAAUGUUAAUAAAGAAUUACGAAUGAAAGGUGAACAUUAUUUUGGAUACAGAAAAGCAAAGACUAAUGAAAAAUUUAAGGUGAAACAAGACGUAUUUGAGCCUGCAAGAUCCAUGAAACCACCGUGCACUUCUCCGUUUUGCAAGAAAUCGAAACUCGGAUCAUGUGACAACAUAAACGAACAACAGCGGCAAUAUUUUUUUGAAAAUUUCUGGAAGAAUAUGAACUGGCAGCAGUGAAGAUCGUUUAUAACUUCUCACGUUAAUAAAGUACCAAAGAAAAUUACAAAAAAUCCAGAAUCAUCCAAAAGAACUAAUAGUCAAACUUACGUUUUGACGAUUGAUAAUGUACGUCA